GCCCAUCGCUGGAUAAUUGCCGGCCAAGUCAAGUGAUGCAAAAUGUUAAUUCAUCAUCGAAGCGUGGGUGAUACCUCGGUGAAUCGCGUAAUAUUUAUUCGUCUGCAUAAAUGAUGAUGACAACUGCACUCGUUGAUUGGAAUUAUUGGAAGAUGCUGAAAUUCCAGAAGGCGACUAAAGAGGAUCUCAAGGCUGCUGCUUGCAUUGAGAGAAAAAAGCAGAUCGAGGAGGCGAGGAAGUCACGGAUUUUCAAUCCUCGAGUGAGACGCAUUGGGAUAGAUAAAGAGUUCCUGGACAAGCAAAUCGCGGAGAAGCAACAGCUGCGUCAGCUGGAGCGAGAAAAAGAGCACCAGCUGGAUGAGACACUAGUGCGCAACAGCCAACUUGCGAUUAUUCUCGAGCAACGAGAGGAAGAGGAGCGGAGAAAAUUGAAUCAAGAGAUCAAUAAUUACCGACAAGUGUUUCAACGCACCGAGAAUCGACGGGAGUUCGAUCUUUAUGAUCCUGAUUUAUUGAAAAAAUCGUCACCUGCGAGAGUGGACGAUGAUCCUAGGAUCGGAGUGGCCUCUGCGCAGAAAUUCGAGGGGGAAGAUCCUCAUCAGGCAGAGCGUCUGAAGCUCCAGAAGGAGCAGAUGCAGGCCUGGCUGAUGCAGCAGGUCCAUGAGAGAAGAUCCAUCGAGCAUGAGCGAAAAAACGCCGAAGACGCACACCAGGAAGCCGUUCUCUCCCGGGACAAACGAGCCAUAAUGCUGGACCGCAUGGAGAUCGAAUGCAGGAGACAUCUAGAAGAGGCGAACGCUCAAUUCAAUCGCAAGCUCGCAGGAGAGCAGGACCAACGUCGUCGCGUUGAGAAUUUCCAGGAUGAGGAGAACAAUCGAGCUGAGAUAUUUAAUCACGUGACAGGUGAUUUCCUGAUGGAAGCGAAGGUGCAGGCUGGGAGCAGUCUUGGUCCCCAUCGGGUUCUUGCUGACCGCUACAAGGGCAUGACCUUGGACGAGCUCAAGGCAAUAUGGGCCGAGCAGUUGCAGCAGAUGGAUGAAAUUCAGAGGAUGAGGGCGGAGGAGAGGCGAAGAAAUGAUGAGUGGGACAGGUUGAUGGAGGGCAAUGCCCGGGCUGGUGAGCAAUACCAACGGGAGCUCGAUAGAAAGAGAUCACAAAUCAGCAGACAAAUUGCCGACGAGAACCUUCGACUGGCACACGAGCAGAGGACACGCCAGGAGUAUCUUAAUCAAAAGGUUUACAAGGAGGAACAUAUGCCCGAAUUUUUCAAGCAAUUCAACACCAGCACGCGUUGAGAUUGCAGUCGAUGAUAAUUUGCCGCGAAUCAAUUCGGGGAAUCCCGAGUUUUUCGACCACGCGCCCGUUUUUAUCCGCAACUCACGUCCUCGUGUCCUUCCUUGUUGACAUGAUUGGUUCUCUCGAUUACUUCCCGUGCCACCGUUUUUAAAUAUUCUUGUUGAAGACGCCCCACCAUUGCGUGUGGCACCCUCUCUCCCUUGGGGUGGGGUACUACAAUGCCGGUGGAGUCACUCAAACCCCCAGA